UUCCCUCGCUCUCACUCGGGGCAGCACGAGUCCGGAGGAUGGAGGCGACUGAAGCGGUAGGUGAAACGCGUCUCUCUUGUUACUCGCUGAAGAACGGUUAGCUGCUCAGACCUGCCUGCGGGUGGAAAAGUAAGCUGUGACGGGUUCUGUGGUUUGGUCGUGAAUCCUGGAGUUUGUUUAGUGCGGUUUAGUGUUUGCCGGGUCAAAGUGAUGGAGGUGACUCCGAGUCUCUGCGCGGUACUGACGCUGUCCGAGGUGCUGAAAAUGGUUGGAGAAGGGAGGAGAGCCUAUGGUUCAAUAGGUCAUAUCUGAGCAGGACACUUUCACCUUCAGUAUGAAAGCAGAGCAUUUCCAGUUCCACCACGGCUAAAACGGCAUGAUACAAAUGAUGCUUCCUCCAGCUAUUUACUGUUGUGAUGAGGCAUCUUCCAGCUAUAUAUAGUAUAAUGAUAAAAGAUUUCAUUGGAACAUGCAGAAGAGUGUCAGGGAGCAUUCAAAGGUCUGCUACAAAAUCCCACCGCUUUCAUACGAAGAGAAGACAGCUCUAACAGCUGACAUCAUGGGGUUCUGCAUUUCUGCCUGAGGUACCAUCGCUAAUGGCUGCGAGGCUGUUCGAGAUCUACAGCUCCAAGUGCACGUAAAUGCAUCACAAUGCCUUCAAAAGUGUCAUGCUUCUACGUGUUGACGGUCGUUUGCUGGGCCAGCGCUCUGUGGUACCUAAGUAUAUCCCGUUCCAUGUCAUCCUACGUGAGCCAACUGUCCGUCCCGGCACAUAAAACGGCAAAAGCGCUCAAGAGCAACGCUACCACUACCUUCAGCAACAUCCGCACACGUCCACUGAAUCCCCACGCCUUCGAUUUCAUCAUCAAUGAGCCCAAGAAAUGCGAAACCAACGUGCCCUUCCUCGUCAUCCUCAUCACGACCACGCACAAAGAGUUUGACGCCCGCCAAGCCAUCAGGGAAACAUGGGGCGACGAAAGCACCUUCAGCGACCUUCGCAUCAUUACGCUGUUUCUUCUGGGCCGCAGUACAGACGCGGUGCUCAACCAGAUGGUGGAGCAAGAGAGCGAGAUCUUUCACGACAUCGUAGUCGAGGACUUCAUCGACUCGUACCACAAUCUUACUCUUAAAACGCUGAUGGGAAUGCGCUGGGUGGCCACUUUCUGCAACCAAGCCAAGUACGUGAUGAAAACGGACAGCGAUAUCUUCGUGAACAUGGACAACUUGGUGUAUAAACUCUUGAAGCCGGCCACCAAACCUCGACGGAGGUACUUCACGGGAUACGUCAUCAAUGGUGGACCCAUUCGGGACAUGCGCAGCAAGUGGUACAUGCCCAGAGACCUUUACCCCGAGAGCAAGUACCCGCCGUUUUGCUCCGGCACUGGGUACGUGUUCUCGGCGGACGUUGCGGAGCUCAUCUACAAGACGUCCUUGCACACCAGGCUCUUGCAUCUGGAGGACGUUUACGUCGGGGUGUGUUUAAGGAAGCUGGGCAUUCACCCGUAUCAGAACAGUGGCUUCAAUCACUGGAAAAUGGCCUACAGUCUUUGCAGGUACCGUCGAGUCAUUACCGUACACCAGAUCUCCCCUGAGGAGAUGCAUCGUAUCUGGAACGACAUGACCAGCAAGAAGCAUCUCAAGUGUUAGUGGGAGCUGCCUGAGGAUGUGUAUUUGUGUCCUUUUUUAAAAAUCCCCAUGAUGCACAAUGCAACGUGGAGCCUUGGGACAAACUGUAGUUCUUUCUUAGAAACACUAACAUCCUUCUGGGGCAUUUCAAGCAUUUCGAAAAACGCCGAGCCUAUUGUUUGAGAAUCGGUUGGGGAAUGUGCUAUUCGUGUUAAUAUUAUAACUGUGCCAGUCUCUCUGGUUCAACAUGCUGGAGUUUCUUUUGGUUCGGAUCCACAAUAGAAUGUCCUUGAUGGUUUCAUUUUUUUGCAUAUUAUGCUGGUUGUACAAACGAAAGUACCAUUGCUUUGUUUACUGUAAGUGAAAGCACCUGCAUUGUUUUACACGUUCAGAAAGUGUCUUUUCUUGAAAAAGAUAUAGUUCCUUAUUUAUAAGUAUACAAAAUAUUUUCUUACUCCUAGAAGUUGAACACCAUUGCUUCGGAACAGUUCAUGUUUGUAGCUAUGCUGUAAAUCUGUAUAUCUAAAGUCAUUAACGCUUGGUAUCAAGUGUCAUUGAGUAUCUACUGUACAUCGUCAAACCUGUAGAAACGUUGCUUAAGGAUCGCAGUGUAAAUGUGAAAUAUAUAACGAGGGUUAAAAACAUGGAAAAAAAAAAAAGCAGAAAACUUGAAAGUGAUUUUUAUUUUUUUUCCUCUAGAUUUUUAUUUCAUUGAGGCCAAAAUGUGAUUCACGUGUUUUAUUUUUUUCCUUUUUCAAUUGUCUGGAGUAACUGAGGGGAUCUGAUAUUUAACUGAGAACAAAAAUGAACAUAUUCUCCCCAACAGGUACUACUGUAUUAUACUGUAUAUUUUUCACAUAAAAAUAUAUGUUCUUUUUUUUUUUUUUUUUUUUGAAGUGGUGUUCUUUUUUUUAAAUGUUUUGCUCAUUUAUAUUCAAGAUUCUAAAGGGAUAAUAAAAAAAUAAUAAUUUA